ACCAGAUUCAACUUUGACGUCUCGCCCAACGAGAGGUCAUUUGUUUUAGUCGGCAAACGCUAAAAUAUCCGGCUAAACUCAUUGAUUAUCGGAUUAAUUAUUAAAGAUAAAACAAUGGAUAAUCCACAAAUUAAAUAGUUCAUCGACUAUAUUUGCAUUUGAUACUUUAUUUUUUAAAGAAAAUGGCUGAAAUCAACUUAGCCCUCACCAAAGAAGGCUGGUACCUUACAGACGAAGGAAUAGAGGAGUUGAAACGCACUUCUGAGAAACCCUCAGCUAAUUACAUUAUUCGCAUUGCACUUAAUUUGGAGGGUCCGUGUGUGCUGCAGAUUCAGAAGGUGAGGAACGUGUCGGCUCCCAAGGACAACGAGGAGUCUCAGGGAGCCCCCAGGAUGCUGCGGCUGCAGAUGACAGACGGACACACCAUCGCUGUGGGCCUCGAGUUCAAACACCUGUCCCAGAUCAGCCUGAACACCCCUCCAGGAACCAAGGUGAAGGUCCUUGGUACGGUCCAGGUGAAGAAUGGCAUUCUGCUUCUGGACGACUCCAAGAUCUCCGUCCUCGGAGGGGAGGUCGACCACAUGAUGGAGAAAUGGGAACUGCAAAGG